CCUAUCUCUUUUGUCAUUGACCGGCUCCAGCUGCAGAACUAUUUUCUUACCAUCCUUCCACGCUACGUGUGCUUCAGUAACCUAUACCAGUAGAAAUAAACCACAUCAACAUGGGCGAACAACGUGAAAGGACUUUCAUCAUGGUUAAGCCAGACGGUGUACAGCGAGGUCUCGUCGGCACAAUUAUUGAAAGGUUUGAGAAGAAAGGUUUUAAGCUUGUAGCUCUUAAAUUUGUAUGGCCGUCUGAAGAACUUCUACAGAAACACUACAGCGACCUUUCAUCACGACCAUUCUUCCCCGGUCUCGUGAAGUAUAUGAGCUCAGGGCCAGUAGUACCCAUGGUAUGGGAAGGACUUAACGUUGUGAAAACCGCUCGUCAAAUGCUCGGUGCAACUAACCCCGCUGAUUCCCAACCUGGUACCAUCCGUGGUGAUCUCUGCAUUCAAGUUGGCCGUAAUAUCCUCCACGGAUCAGACAGUGUAGAAUCCGCAAAAAAAGAAAUCGACCUCUGGUUCACUGAAAAGGAAGUCGUCGGAUGGACUCCUGCUGCAGAAAACUGGGUUUAUGAAUAAUUCAGUAAAUCUUAUUCCAUUAUAAUUUAAGCCAAUAAAUAAAUCACAUAAUUAAAAA